AGCCAUUGUGUUUGGCGGAUUCCAACCAAUUUAAUAUUCUAACAGUUUGCCAGCCUUCUAUUAAAAGAGGAACGAAACUUUUUAAUCGGCCAGACAAAAGAAAUUCAACCUUUUCUUUCAUCAAUCUGGAAAAUCCCCCUCUCAAAUACGGUUAUCCUGUUGCCGACAAUUGCGAACCUCUCUAGUCAAGCUAGCUCUCUUGCCUGGGCAGAAGACAUACUGACCAGUAUCGCCUUUCAGCGUGUCGACUCAUGAUAAUUCUAGACUAGCUAAGAAAGAAACAUCGACGGUCAAUAUGGCGACCGAAGACGCUAGGUAUAGGCAAUCUAGCCAAUAUCGGCUGUGGUCAUUCGCCCCGUCGCAUCUCGCAACCCUUCGAGAAAAGACUAACGCACUCGCGAAAUCUCACAUCGCCAACCGCUUGCGCGCUUCAGACCCGACCAACCAAUCCCCGCCGAACUUCUUAACCCCCGAAGAAGAGUACACUCUUCUUAACCACUUUACCCUCGAACUAUUGCGCGCCGCUCCCUACUGCCAACUCCCUACCGACAUCCAAGCUACCGCCGCUAUCUUUCUUCGACGCUUCUACGUCACAAAUAGUGUGAUGACCUAUCCGCCACAGGAACUUAUUAAGACCUGCCUAUUCUUUGGGUGUAAGGCGGAAGGUUCUUUCAUACGUGUGCAGAAGAUCGCCGAUACCUUCCCUAACACGACGGGCGAGAUGAUCCUAGCGGCCGAAUAUAUUCUUUGUCAAGGUAUACGCUUCGCUUUCGACGUACGACACCCAUUCCGCGCUUUAGAAGGAACCGUCAUGGAACUGAGGAGCCUGGGCGACUUCGACGACGACAGAAUUAACAAAGCGCAUCGACGGACUAGAGAGAUCCUUAAAUUUAGUCCCUUAGUUACUGACGUAUAUUUCCAUUAUACCCCGAGUCAAAUCAUGUAUGCGGCACUGGCGAUGGCGGACGAGGAAUUGGUGCAACGCAUGCUUCAAGAAGCCUUCUCUGGCCAAGGCGAGGAAGCUAAAAAUAAAAUCUGGGGCGUGAUACAGGGUUGCAAAGAGAUGCUGGAGAGAGAGCCUCCCGAGAAGAUGGCCAAGUACUCUAAUGACCCGGAGACCACCAAGGCAAUGAAAGCUCUGAGGAAAAAGCUUGCGAAAUGUCGAGACCCCGACAGAGUCGAUCUCGUCGCUCUACAAAAGGCGCGAAGGGAGCAGGCUGCCCAGAAACCUAAGGCCAAGGAGGAUGCCGAUGGAGACGGGAAGGUAUUUGGGAAUGGAACACUCGACGAACGAGAGUCAAAGAGACGGAAGGUGGCACAAAAUGGAGGAGACAUCUUCGGGCCCCCUCUGUAAAGACGAUCCCAAAGCAGAAGAGUCACGGCCCGAGCCCCGAGCAGCUCUUUAAACCUCCAUCCAAAACUACAACAUCUCGAUCUUAGCUUCGAUAGGGGCUACGAUCAUAGAGAUGCUGAUAGACGACCGAUGCCUCGGUUCUGCGCAACGAUACAACAUGCCAAUUUCGCCUCAUGGCCAUUGAAGCCGACGCUUCCUGGUGCCAUACACCAUGAAGUGGUAGUUGGAGGGACAUUACUGGUAAUGUAUAGUUGCAGAUUGUACC